CGGCUAAGCCACUUUACAUAGCAGUCAAUGCAUGAUCUUCCUCUCAUCUCUUCUUCCUUUCAUCCCCCUUGUUCUCCUUGUAUUCUCCUACGAAACCCACACACUACUUUAAUAUUUGUCUAUAUAUACAUUAAUUCUUCAUUUUACAUCUCAAACUCCUAGCUGCAACUUCUCAACUUUGUCGGUAUCAUAACUUCAAUUGAAGAUGGCAUACAUGGAAGUAAUGAUUCAGUCGCCGAAUACAGAAGCUGAGGAAUUCGAUUUUUCGAGUACGGAUUUCGGGUUCGGUUUUAAUGGACAUUCGCAAGUGCCAGCCGAUUUGCUGUUUGAUGGAGGGAAGAUUAGGCCGUUGAAGCUUCUCCCGCGGUCCGAGUUCCAAUAUAACAUCUUCCAACACAACGUCGCAACUUAUUCUCCAACAUCCCCACCUUCGCCUAAGCGAAUGCUCUCCAAAGGUGCGGCCCUAGUGGCACCGCAACACAAGAAGACAUUAUGUAGUCCCGAGACAAAGGAAGAGCCAAUUCUUGUAAACCAGUCAACAUUUUCAGGUUCAGAUGUCUUGACUAGUUCGAGUUCGAGUUCGAUCUGGUCGAGAAGAUGGAAGUUGACAGACUUGUUUACGUCCUUAAGCUAUUCAACAGACAAAAAUGUGACAAAGGAUGAUUCGGCCUCUAUUUUGAGGAGUCACAAGAAGGAUUCGAAUGAGUGGAGCUUUAGGUCAGAGAGCAGUAGCAAGUCGGGAUCGUCGCGAGGCGGCGGGUGCAGAAGAAGGGGGAGAGUGUCUGCUCACGAAUGGCAUUAUAAGCAGAAUAGGGCAGCGGCGGAGGAGAUGAGAAGGAAGACUUUCUUGCCAUACAAGAAAAGUCUGCUAGGAUGCAUGGAUGUUGAUCCGUCAGGUGUUCUUGACUUCUCUAGGGGACAUGGGGUUGAAAUUACAUGUUAGUGGUUUUUAGUGCCUGCAUGUAUGAAGUUUGUAUGUAGACAAUAAGUUUGUUUGUGUUGCAUCAAUAUAAUUGUCAUUCGUUUUCUAUGUUUUGAUUA